CCAUCGCCCGGUUCGGUUAGUAGUAGAAGCAGCAGUGACAACGGAAGUAGUAGCAGCAGCAGCAGCAGUGGAUCCUAACAAAUCCGUGCUGUGAGGUGGUGUUUUCUGCAAACAAACACAGACAAAGGGCAGAGAGCACCCAUACGAUUCCGCAGGACCUGCAGCACCACCACUCUGGUUUUGUGAGUCGAGAGUGACGCGUUCGUGACCGUUUACCGAUUCGUUCAUAGUUCUUCUGCAUCAUUGGAUGCGCCGAGGCACUGGUGCGCGGUGGAUGGCGGUUGGUGUCGGGCCUAAGGAUACAAACAAAUUUGUGGGAAAAGUGUGUCUUUCGUGAUGCUUUGAUCGCAAUAGUGAAAACAUGGUGGUAGGGUAGCUAACCCUGACUGAGUGUGCCCGUGACAGAUGCAGUUCAGGAUGUUUUCUGUGGCCGUUUUGUGCUUGCCGCAUUCGGAUGCUGCAGACGUUAUGCGGCGGGGGAUGAUAGCGUAGAGUGGUCCAUGACUCGUGGCGCCUGCUGAAUGAAGCGUUGAAGAAUGGAGUGAUUAGGCGGCAGGAAGGUGCUUUUGGAUUCGGGAAAAGAGAAAAGAAAGGCUCGCGAUUGCUCCCCGUUGUGGUGAUGGUGCUUUAUCACUGGUGUGAAAAUUCUGAUAGGCCGAAUGUGAAAAUACAUAUAGCGUGAAGGAAAAAAAAGUGAUGCAUCUAAUUUUAGCGAGCGGGGUAAAAGUGAGAAAAGAAAGCAUGUGUGUUCGUGGGAAAGAAACAAAAGCAGAAAUAUACAAAUAAUCAACCAAUUUCUCCGUUGCCUUCGAGUGUGUGAAGUUUUUUUUUCAUCUUGCUGUUUUUUUAUUCUUCAAAAGGACCGGGAAGGUGGUUCGGCUUGUAAUUGUUAUGAUAUCCGAGUAGUGUCAGUAAGUGUAAUCGAGCGAGCAAACAUAGUGAGUUAAAAGUAAUGACUUUCACAGCACUUACCCUGAGGAGGUGAAAAGUUGGCGCAAUAUUUUCAAGUUCGCAUUCCCAAGUGAGUGAAGCAAUCCUACAUUUUGUACGUGCGUGUACAAAACGAGUGUACUUGUGCAAGUGAAUGAGCGAAAUAAGAAAAUCUCAAUGAAAGCAGCUUCUUGGGGGUUUCUCUCACGCGGUGGUAAUGUACGUGUCAUCAUAAGAGGAGAAAAGUAACGAAAAUAGCAAAACAAAAAAACACACACCGAGCGAGAGAAUGCGAAUAGCUGUCACCCGAGAGAUUGCAAAUACAGGAAGGAUCGCCGUUGGACCCGCUGCCGUUGCCGAGGUCACCGUCUUGGCCCCAUUCGGUGACGUUGCUGGUUACGACCAUCGCUGUCAACAGACGCGACAGCCACAGUUACCACGGAAAAGAUGAGUGACAAGUUAUCCGGGGGUGGACGGUACAACCGUAUCAGUCCAUCGUCUGGCCGUGGUUCGAUCAUUGCCUACUCGCCGCUGCCCAAAUCUGAACAGGAUUGUCUCCAAGCGCCCGGCAAUAACUGCCUGGCGAUCCCACUGUCCGCGAUCCAGACCGAUAACAACAACCACCAGAAACCGAUGCCUCCGAUGGGUGGCAAAGGGGCCGUCCUGAACGCCGGACUCAACUCGCACCCCUCGCAUCCCGAUGGAGCAGGCCAUAAACAUGCCGGUCAGCACAAUAAUAAUAACGGAAAGCGCUUUAUCAUUGUCAGCGACAUCAAGAAAACAGUGAGUUUUGGACAGCCAGGAAGUGGAGGUUUCGUCAGCUCCCGAAGUGAGCCGAUCUCGCUGGCAACCCUGGACAAGGACUGCUUCAUCAUUCCGGUACACAGUUUGGAUCGAUUCCUGCCUGCAGGAAUUCCUCUUCCAACCCCCGAAACCACAGACCCUUCCCAGGCCGGACCACUCAGCGUACUCGAGGUGUCCGAUCCGAAAAUAUGCAUACUGGCGCACCUGAUGAGCCCACUGGAGCCAAUCGAUCCGCUGCUCGAAUCACCGCUGGCGCAUCCACUAACCAAGCAGCGAGCGGUCGCGUCGGAGCUGCUGAACGAAGUGCAACAGGGCAACAACGCCGUCAGCGGCAUGCUGCUGGCCAACAUGGAGCGUAGCUCUGCCGAAUUUCCCUUCAUUGCCUACUAUGUGAUAAACACCACCCAAACCGAUCCGGCAUUGUUCUACAGCGGGGUGCGGGGUGCCUCGCUAUCGAAGUUCGAACCGAAAAACACCCGCUACACGGCUGCCCACACACUGGAUCUGUACAGCGAAGUGGCUUCCAUCUGUCGGCCUCCGCUCUCGCUGGCUCCCAACGAAAUUGGCAGCGUCAAGAAGGGCCAAACCCCCUCCACGGGGUAUAUCAUCAGCGUGUACAAGGUCUACGAGGGCGACGAUGGAGAGCGAUUCGAACGCAAUUGGCUCUACUGGACCGGUGCCAGGAUGAUUUACAGAUAUCUGCCAAAAACGGCCGGCCUUCGGAGGAUCACCCUCCACAAAAGCGUAUCCUCACGGGGAGACAAGAUGUAUCUACUGGUGUGCGAGUGUGCCGAUCUGCUGAAGGACCUGUCGGCGGCAGCACUGCUCAUACCAGCACUCAGGGCGCGGCUUUGCGGCUACACGGGGCUCUAUCGGCCCAUACAGACCUUCUAGGAGCAGCAGCAGGGCGAGCGAGAGCCAAUGACCAACGCGCUCGUUGUCUUAUCGUAAGCAAUUUAUGUAUACAUAGAUGAAGCAAACCGAAAAAUCGGGUGAUCGCACCGUUUGUUUUCUACGUUGUACAUUUUUAAUAGAAGGGAAGGGAAGGAGCGAGAGCGAGAGUUAAUAGUUAUUUUCAAGAUUUUGAUGUUCUAGACGAUAGAUGCAACUAGUCUUUGAUCGUGUUUAGUUUUAUGCAAGAGAAAUCAACGAAUCUCAUUUAGUUACGUUUCACUUUUUUUUAUAUAAUGACCAUAAGUUCAGCAUUAUUUGCAACACACGGUUGUGAAAGUGAGUAGAAAACGAGAUAAAACACGAUUAGAACGCAAUGUCGAACCGUUCGAUUAGCCAGCAAUAAAAUCCGACACCGUAAGGGAGUCAAAAACCAUGAAAAUAUAUUUAAAAACCCGAGAAACAAAUUUGGAAAUUUAGAAAAAUUGAAAACAAAAGGAUCGAAAACGAUGCUACACAGUGAACAUACAAUGAAUUACCGGUAUUCAUAACAUAAAGUUACAUAAAAUGGCAACACAAGUGCAUCCAACUGCCAGACGCAGAGAUGGCGUAUAAUUAAGGCAUUUCGUAUAUGACAACUGAGAAAAAAAAACACAGAAUCCAAAAAAAAACAAACAACAUUAAACAGAACUAAGCACUCAUGGUUUCAUACUAUUAUGCAAUCAUCGAUCUAACUUAAACACGUCGUGCCACAAUCGUACAACCACACACUCAUACUGACAGAAAAUAAAACGCAGACACAACAGCUCACACCAAUACACCGAUAUUUCAGUACAACUUUAACACCGGCAGUUCUACAAUUGGGGACGCGCUGUGUUUGUUUGAAAACCAUACAUAUAUAAUAUAUUUGAAUAACGAUGAUUCAAUAUUUUUCCCGAGAUUAUUCCUAUCGUACUUACUCCUAACCUAUCCCCGGAGAGGACUAAAUUAAUCUUCCGCCUGAUUUGAUAGAGAAAUCGUAGUACAAUUACUGGAUAAUUGUCACAGAUUUUGUAUAAUAAAUGCUGAUUGUUAUUCGCUCAAAGUUCACGUAGAACUAAAAAUCAAAGGGUUCUGGAGAAAGACAUAACCGAACGUCGACUUCUAAUGUUCUGAUGAACCGACACCUGAACCACACUUGUAAUAAGCAAAGUGGCGCAUUUAGAGUGAAAAAAAUCCUUGUGCUAUUCUGAAGUCACCGUUGUUUUCUGAAAAAGUCCCGGUUUGAUGCGAUUCAUGGGCCGAUGGAAUCCAUUUUUUUUUUCGAAAAUGAUGCAGAGCGGAACGUAACUGUAGGGCUACGAUCACCAUUUUUAUACCAAAAUUGAAUUUUCUUUAUGUGGAGAAGUUAGGGCUCCAACUUAACGUUACGACAUGCCACACCACGCUUGCCACAAUAGAAUGAAUGGAAGAAACGCUGGGCGAACGUAUAAUUUCGCCUAUUUGCUUUGGUCGUCACCAGGGGUACCAAAUGUACCGCACCACGACUGUAUUCUGACGACUGUCACCAUCAUUGGCCCGUAACAGUCGUUAGAUCAAUCUAUUAACGACAAUCACACAGUGAAAAUGUCGUGCGACAUUUAUAUUUACUGUCGUGUGCUGUACACGGCUGCAUUUCCAUAUGUGAGUAUUUUGUUCAUUCGUCUGCGACAGGCCUGGUUGCUAACUAGUCAUGUUGUUUGUAGAUUCGGAAUGCAAUCGUAAAUGCAUUGCUACUGUCGUGAAUGAUUUUUUUCCCUCGUGCUGAUGAUGUCGGGUGUCUUUGUAUAUAUUAUGCAACGUCGUUCGCUUACAAAAGUGUGUUCUUUAUUCACCAGUAUUUUAUUCAUUUUCUCAUUCGCAAACUAUAGGUUGUAGGCUUUGAAACGGAAGAUAAUUUUCAGUUUCUGUUGAAUUCUGCAGCAUAUUCCGAAUUGGGAGUAGUGAGGAGUGUGAGCAACAGGGGAGAAUCUGUUGAAAGAAAUGCGAGAGGAAGUGUUGUGGGUGGAAUUAGCGUAGAUGAAAGUUUCGCGGGUGCAAAUGCAUGGCCAGAUGAGAGUGAAGCUGGGGGUAGUGGAGCGGGUAGGAGCAACGAUGGAGUGGAUCGUUCGGAUGGAGUUUCUAGCCCGAACGGAAAUCGAACUCGAAGCCCCCGUGGCAAGCGCCACGCAAGCCACUAGGUCAUGAGGACCAUACAUAAUAAAAAAUAUGUCCUUUUUUUAAUUCUUUAUUGAAGAGACUUUCAGCCUCCUGGGCUGGUUCGCCUCUAAAAAAAAUUGUACUGAGCCUGUUUGAAAUCCAUCGGUUUUCGAACGUUUAAAGUUGGCUUCCUACUUGGAGGAUAAACCUAAACAUUCCCAUCACUGAGUAUUUCCCGAUGUCAUCAAUAUACAUAUUAACAAAGAAACUCUCGCCUAGAAUCAUUAAGGAAUCCGUGCUUGUUUCUCCUAUGAAUUGCUGCUCAUUUGUGUACCUAUCUUGAUUCGGCCAUCCCAACAGUACAUCAUUCUCGAUACAGCCGAUCUAAAAUUGAAUCGGCUGUCUCUGUAUAUACGUAACUUGUGCUCACAACCACAUCCCAGAGCGUACUGGUGAAAAAGCACAAACGCAUAAAAUAAAGGCUUGUCUUACGAUCGCGAUUUCUUGGUCAUGACAUUUUUCUUGCGACAGUCAAAUUUGACAGUAACUCGGGUAAACCGAUGAUAUUCAUCGCAUCGUGAGCAACUGUUACAGCGACAGAAUUAAUGGAGUAGCAGACACGAAAAAAUGGAAAAUGAACAGUACGUUUGGCUCACUACGAUCGGGCCCGACUAAUCAGACAAAUUCGACGAAGCACCGUCUGCUAUAGCACAGGUUUAUUUUAUUCAUUCGUGCUCUGUCGCUUGUAUGCGAAUGUAGCGCGCACACAGUGAGUCUCGAUUUUAUUUCAUACCGACUGUAAUGAAAAUGCAGUACUUUUGGGACGCCUGGUCGUCACUACUGUCUUGCCUUGGAAGUGUUUGGUCUACGCUGAAAAAUAUGAGAGUAAUAUUUUUCGAACAAAGAAUACAACGAACUAUCGUUGAUUGUUUAGACUUGCUCAAGUAUCUCGAGGUACUAUGAUGUUAAAGCUAUCAAUUACUUUCGUUAUCUGUUCAUGUCUCCCAAUUUAAGUCACCGUGUAUCGUACAGGAACUUAUUUAUGAGUAUUUCAUAUCAAAACCUUUUUCAAUGUAUAUAUUCAAAUUACCGUUUUCAUACGUAACACACUCUCGACCAUCCGAAGCGAUCAUACAAUUAGAUUUCGCAUCGAACAAAACCUUUAUAUUUUUAGCUUAUGUUGCAAUAUCGUCCUUCUUCUGAAUUGCAUUUGCAUUUCGAGCGGAUGAUUUACGGACGUGUGAUUUGCACAACAUGCUUCGGGAUGGUAGUCAAUUCGAUAUUGUUCGCACCCGAAAAUGUCGUAGCAACCUACACCAUCGACAUAACUUCGAGUAAUACUCGUUCUCAUGGCAAUCUAGCUCUUGUAGGCAACGUUUUUGUUUGGUUUGACAACGCAAUAACUGUUGCGAUAUUCUCGAGCAUGAACAAACACACAUUUCAAAACGAAAUCUUUAAAACAAAUACUUGGAAGCCAUGACAAGGACUGAUGAAUGAAUGUAGUUGGUAGCGCGAACGAUCCGGAAAGCACUGCUGACGACUCGUUGUCUAGAGUGACACUAAAACACCUGUGUUAGUUGUUUGUUUCUAAGAGACUUCAAACUUUGUGGUUCAUUUGUCUCUACUAAAACAUUGGAAUCGCGUUAAAGGCCUUUUAUACGUACUGCACAAUUAUUUGUGCUCACCGCUAUGCUACUUACUUCUCAUAGACGGCAAAACUGGAGGAGCGAGAAUUGGACCAAUCAAAACAUUAUAUUUAGUGUGUUUGAAUAAUGAGUUUAUUCCAUGAGGUUAUGCACCAGAGAACCAAAUUUCAAAUCUAGUUUUAGGAAAAAAUUGAAAACGUUAUUUGAAUAAGCACUAGUUAUAGUAUGAUUUUUUUGUAACAAAUUGAAUUUUUAUGCACCAACCUUUGAGAGAGGCGAGUUUCAAAAACUAAAUAAUUAUAAUUAAAAUAUUUUAGGUUUUAACUAUUUUUUAUGUUUCUUGAGAUGCUUAACCAAACUUCAAUGUCUAUAUACCAUCGAAUGGGUGAUUGAAUGCUUGUUUGAAGAGCCGUGGGUAGAUCUACAUUUCAUUUUGUAAUUUAUGAGAAACAAUCAUAUGAAAAACAGGUAUUUUGAAGCGUUCUCACGUCACAAAAAUAGAGCAUUUUUUUAGUUUAUCAGAUAAACAUAGGUUCAAACAUUUUUAUACUUGGGUUUCUCUGAGCAAACAAUAAAGGUCAACAACCCACAAAAUUUGGUUGAGAUUGGUCCACAAAUAGAGGAGUAUCAACUGAAAAAGUCAACGUCUCGAAAAGUAUACGAUCCAUUCCAGUGUGACGUAACAACAUUUUGACUCACUACAACCACUUUUUUGCGUUUUCAUGAAUAAAGCACAAUUAAGAAAAUUUACAACAAGAAUCAUCAGUUGGAGAAUAUUUUAUAUUUAGAUUGGCUUGUUGUCAGUCAAAUACUUUUGUGACGUGGCAACACCUGACUUUUUGCUGUUUCAGUCUGUUGAACAUUAAUGAUUAAUUUAAUAAAUUACAGUUCCGUUUCAAAACAUACAAAUCAUCUUUUUCCUGUGUUUUAUCAACAAUAUAUGAACGUAGAUUUCAUAAUAUAAUAUAUAAUCUUAUUUCAACUUCCGGUUUGAAUACUAAAAAAAUAUGGAAACCCCAUACGAUAUGGGCUUACCAGCGGAAGUCGAGUAUCGUAUUCCGAUGCCAUUCUGGCAUCGAGGAUGGUGACUUCCGUUAAAAACGGAUAUAAAAGACCGGGAAUGGCAUGAAAUCCCACAAUUCGAUCGAGAAUAGUAAUGUUGGCAUAUAUCCAUGGAUGUGCGAAGAGGAAAAAAAAAAGAAUUAUGUUUGAUAGUGAGAGAUAGGAAUUAAGUGAGAGGAAGAUAAUGUUUGAGUGGGAAGAACUUAGCCUUAGAGCGACGUGUGUGGAGUUAUACAAAGAAAGUGCACAUAUAAAUGCACACGCAAACAUCAACAAUCAAUGUUCAAAGUCAUCUUCAACACGCAAACAUAAAUGCCCUUGCAGAGAUAUGUGCGCGGAUGCAUAAAAAGAGUUUAUCAAAAGUUUCUGGUAGCAAAAUCAAAUGCGUUCCCCCUGUAGUGAGCGCCACUCGAUGAACCAGGGUUGUGCUAGCCAUUGAUGGCAAGCGCUAGAGUGAACGUAUUAAACAAUCACGAUAUAAAAACUGGAGGUCGGUUUAAGACCACCCCGACUUUUCCCAAAUAAAGACAUACCGUGUAUUACAGGUAACAGGUAGAUUCAAUUUAUAUAGCUUAUUUUGAUGAACAUACCAUAAACAAUUAAAAUUGCCUCGUUUCGCAAUGUUUCACAAUCUAAAAGAAUAUAGAACUUAUUGUGCCCACAGUUCUAUUAUAUUUCUUCUCUAUUUUUGAAUAAAUGAAAACGUAAAAUGGCGCUAAAACGCUAGAAUGAAAAGUGCCAGAAAAAAGUCACCAUAUUAUCAAAUUGUCAGCGUUAUGACACCAUUCAUUUGACACUACUGAAAAUUCAGUAGGAAGCACCGUUCCUGAGAUACAAAGGAGGGUAGGUUCAGGACCACCGGUUGCGUUAGGACCACCUUUCCCUAUAGGAUGGACUUUUGGAAGGAGAAGGAGAGAUCUCAGAGGAAAGUAAGAAGUAUUCCGAGUAAUAAAAAACAUAAAAAAUAGUAUAUCGCUUGCUACAAUACAGUGAAAUUCUUAUUUAAUACAACUUAUUAAUUGUAUGACGUGACAACGCUUCGUGGAGACUGUUUAUUCGCACAGAGCGCGUUGUCACGUCACAAAAUGCAUGUUCUUGCGAGUUUUUUGAAAAACUGAGUAUACAGGAAUCAACGUUCAUGUUUCAUUGACAAAUCAUAGAACAAAGUUUAUUUGUAUGUUUUGAAACGGAACUGAAAAUACAACAUUAAUGUACAAAAGUCGGAACCCGCAAAAAGACAGGUGUUGUCACGUCACAAAAGUAUUCAAUUGCCAACAAGUGAAUUCAACUACAAAAUAUUGUCCAACUGAAGAUUCUUGUAGGAAAUUUUCUCAAUUUCACUUUAAAAACGUUUACCAUUUGGAAAUCGUGUGAUUUACACAUGAAAAACGAGAAAAAAAACUGUUUUUAGUGAGUCAAACCGUUGUCACGUUACGCUGGAAUGGGUCUAAUGUUCGACAAUAUACAGAACACCUUCUCGAUCUAGCGAGAAACAGUCGAGUUAUAAGCGCUUGAAUUUUGUUUCAUCAUUUGAUGCAUGUUCAGUUUUAAGAUUUUCACUUUACACCAUUUUGAACGUAGUCCUACUUUAAAACGAAUAAUAACUUUAAUUAAAGAAACUUUUCUUCAUCAGUUUGUCAUUUAUUUGGAUUUCUAUGAGGGUUUCUUCUGUUUUCGACGGGAAAACAAACAUCUGCACCAAUUGAUUUGGUAUUCCCUAUCAAUCUUUUGCAAUUGAAUGUGAUUUUCCAUACCAACACAGACUAUAGAAUCUGGCACCAAGACGAUAUAUGCAAGCUUCGGGUGCUCUCGUACCUGGGAGAGAGAGAGAGAGAGAGAAUAUCAAAAAUCUGAACAGGGGUAGGAUGACGUCUGGAUCGGCAAGACCAUCGCUACAAGUAAUCGAGUACUCGAGUAAUCGACAUGCAAGAAAAAUCCCUACCUAAACCUAUCUUAACUAUGCGGUCGCGUCGACUAAUAUAAUAAAUGAAGAUAUUUCCGAAAUUGUGCGAGAAUUCCACAUCAUUCAAACACUAUCAUGUCGCAUUCACUAUGAUAAGGCAGAAUUCUCAUCAAGUGAGUUUUCACGCAAACCCUCCGCUUCGCGUUCAGCAUUCUCUUUUUACUCCUGAUAAGAAGGAUGUGACGUUAAGAAACACAUUCUUGGAAAUGCGAAUCUUGAUCUUGAUCCAAAGUCGCCAAGUCAGGUUCCUCGUGGGAAAAAUCUGGAUAACCUUUCAUUCGUUUCGUUCAAAGUGACAGUCAGUAAAUUUUUUUCUAAUGUGGUCGGCGAUCCUUAGUAUUGGUCACAGGGAGUUACUGCCCGUGCUUUUGAAUUCAACCAAAAAAAGGCUCCAUCUCAUCAUAUCGGCUCUACACUCAUCUCGGAAUCGACAUAGAAUUAGAAAAGAACACAGGACGCACUAUAUCUCACACUAUGGAAGACCCUUAUCCAUCUGGCACAGUCGCGUUGCAUAACAAAUCCAACCACCAACUUCCAAGUCCCUGUAUUCAGUUCUGGACAAGGGAUCUUCCUAGGUGCACUCUCUUGCAAGUAUCCUUCUAUUACGAGCACCACAUACGUUGAAAAACCUCCAUAUUACAGCUUUAUUAUCUCCAGUCUUCAGAAAACAAACGCAGCGCUGCGCUUGAGUUUAAUUUUCCUCAGCGCACGUUCAAAGAAAACUCGUAUUCUCUCUUGGUGCGAAGAGCACAACAUGCAUGGGCACGACAGCACAAAAUGUACCCGGCGCAGAACUCAGAUACCAAACAUUUCUUCUCACUUGUGUGAUGCGCGUCUCAUUCUUUACACACACACACAUACACAUCAAACUCUAGCGCCCACUUUGUCUUCGUUCGUUCUGAGCAAAGCAUAAAAACAACAGGGCGCCCCCAAUUAAACCGUAUACGCUUGUGUGAAGAAAAAUAUCUCAACAGAGAGAGCAAUCCAGAUUCAAGCGCGCAGUAUUGAAAUACGGCGUAAGCACGGUGCAAAAUUCAGCGUAAAACUCAGCGCAAAUCUCUGCGCAAGAACGGCGCUGACAACCAAACAUUUCAUCUGUGUUUCGGAGCGUGCGCAUUCGCCAGAGCGCAUGUGAACACAAGGAGUGGGGCUCAACUGGGUACAAGAAUCUUGUUACACAUCAGCACCGGGUUGCAUUCUGAAGACUGAUUAUCUCUGAUUCUCCACAACACCAUACUGAAACCUCUGCACAACAAGUUUCAUCUCCAGGCAGUGUUUGGAUUUCGAUCAAAAUCGAAUGAUACACAAUGUGUCAUGCAAGUAACCUCUCACGAACAUAUAACCAAAUAUGAGAGGAUCAUUCAGAUACUUGUAUGAAUGACAGUAAUCACUUGUGUAACAUGACAUGAUUAAACCAAGAGAGGAACGAAGACUGUUGUUUGCAUAUUCGAGCUGUAUCAAACAUCGCAAACCAUUUUCGAUGCCUGCAUACAAGUUUGAACCGCAUACAUCGUCCCGCUCUACUAUAGCGAAACCCACUGCACAGACAAGUGCAAAGCAAUAAAUGAUACAAGAAAAAUUACGUCAUCAUUCGGUCACUAUUUGCGGAGAGCAACGAAUGGGAAAAGAGGGACAAGGGACAGCAGCGUCAAAAAUGUAAAAUUUAAUCUGACUACCCUUCCCUUAGCCUCUAUCGAGUUAAAUAAUCAUAUAGUUUGCACUCUCUGACACUUAAAAAUCAGUAUCUGCUAAAUUAGCUGAAUAUGAAUCAUUCGCUUUGCGUAGUCCGUACGAUCCUGCUGUUUCGUGAUGCAUGGAGAGAUCGAUAUGCAUAUGUUAGAGGCAAAAACAGGAAGUGGGUUAUAUCUAUGGUAUAACCGCAAGGAUGACGUAGGACUAUCGUUGAUUUAGAGAUCAUUUGUUUGAAGUUGAAUCUAAAUCCAUUCUGAAUGAAUGAAUAAAUGAAUAUUUGGGGGACUUCGAAAACGAGAGCGUUACAUUGGAGGCACAAGGUUUUAUGCAUUUGGAUGCAUAAAACCUUGUGUAAUUGGUAUAGGAUACGAAAAACCUUGUUCUGAAGAAUAAUCUUCAGAAGCUAACCUGCUAACUGUACUUGAUUGACAAAUCACAAAUCCAAAUGUAUUAUAUGGAUAUUUUAUGGAUAAAAAACAUUAAAAUAAACUCUUUCGCUUGAAUGUAAUUUUCAAUUCUAAGGGGAACUGGCAGAUUAUUUUCCAGCAACGAUUAGAUAUUUCCACAUUUUCCUCGAUACCGGACGCCCACCAGUGGUUAAUACUAACUCGAUAACCACCUGUUAAUAGUACAUGAUUGAAAAAUAUUUGGUCACAGUGUUACAUGGAUAGAAAACAUUCAAAUCAACUCUUUCACAUGAAUGUAUUUUUAAAUUCCCAGAGGAACUGGCAGAUUAUAUUCCAGCAAUGAUUAGAUCUUUCCGGAACUUUCUCGAUGCUGAAUGGCAUCCAAACGGAAAGAAUUCUGCGCGUGUAUGUGUCGAUCCUUCGCCGUCCACCUCCUCCAGCACGUUAGGCAACGAUGUUGUCUUGUCGAUGUCCUCACGAAAAAUGAAUGUGUCUCACCACCAGAAUAUCGCUUAAGUAUGCUUUUUGUGUGUGAUUGAAUCGAGAGAAGGUGUGGUUUACGAUGGCAAUUUGGAAGGCAAACUAGAGGGGAAUGAACUCUCUGAGCUCGGAACUUUCGGCGACUGAGCAAAAAUCGAUUGCGGGCGCAUACAAUAUUGGAUACGGAAAUAUCCCACUGAUGGGGAGAAUAAUCUUCAGAAGCUAUCCUGUUAAUUGCGAUUGAUUGAAAAAUCACAAAACCAAAUGUAUUUGGUCACAGUGUUACAUGGAUAGAAAACAUUCAAAUAAACUCUUUCACAUGAAUGUAUUUUUAAAUUCCCAGAGGAACUGGCAGAUUAUUUUCAGUAACGAUAUUUCCACAUUUUCCUCGAUACUGGAAGCCCACUAAUUCUAAUACUAAUAACCACCGAUAACCACCUGUUAAUAGCACAUGAUUGAAACAUAUUUGGUCACAGUGUUACAUGGAUAGAAAACAUUCAAUUAAACUCUUUCACAUGAAUGUAAUUUUAAAUUCCCAGAGGAACUGGCAGAUUAUUUUCAGUAACGAUUAGAUAUUUCCACAUUUUCCUCGAUACUGGAAGCCCACCAGUGGUUAAUACUAACUCGAUAACCACCUGUUAAUAGUACUUGAUUGAAAAAUAUUUGGUCACAGUGUUACAUGAAUAGAAAACAUUCAAAUAAACUCUUUCACAUGAAUGUAUUUUUAAAUUCCCAGAGGAACUGGCAGAUUAUUUUCCAGCAAUGAUUAGAUCUUUCCGUAACUUUCUCGAUGCUGAAUGGCAUCCAAACGGAAAGAAUUCCGCGCGUGUAUGUGUGUGCAGCGAUGUCUUCCCGGGGAACCGUUUGUGGCAUCACUCUCCUCCUGAUGGAUUCCCUUCUGGCCUAAGGUGCACAAACAGGCUCUUGGUGACACCAUUCAUCCGCGCUUUCAUGAUAAAUGAAGAGCUUCACCACAACAGCGACAACAUGCUCCAAUCGCUGUUCAAUUAGAACUGAGUGGAUUUCCGAGCGGCGCUCGGUUAUAUACCGAUUCGUGAUUUCAAUAGCCUGUUUUGGAAGCAAUUUUAAGGCUAUUGAAACAAGUUUUUGGAUCAAAAAGUAACAAGUAUAGAACGCGUAGACAUUUUAUCUUUUGAAUGAAGUGUUUAUCAUACCAUUUCGUUCAGUUGUUUAGGUGCUAUUAACGCUCAAAAUCUCGGACUCCGGCGUAACGCUUUCGUUUUCGAAACUUUGAUUUUACACCCCGGUAUAGAAAUGAAAGACGUAGUCCUACGUCAAAAAGAAAAUAAACUUUCUGCAACGAAAGCGUAUAUGAUCUUUCUGUUUGCGUGUCGGUGUAUCAUGAAAUGCGAACCGAUGCAGAGUUGUCUCGUUCUCUUUUGUGUCGUGAUUUACAGCACAUACCAACAAAAGAAUGCCGCUGGGGGAAAUUAUUUCUGUAUGAUAUUUGAACGAACGAAAGCGAUUUUUUCAGUGAAUGGAUCAUUUGGCAAACACUGUCUCCAGGAUGCAACGAAACUCUCUGGAAGCCUCUAAUCUCCCCACCACAGUCGAGAUUCUCCAGCCGUAGUUCAGCUGUUCCAGGGGUCUCCCACUACGCUACUCUGAACAAGUACGGCAAUGUUUUCAGUACUUCAGGAAAUCGCUGGCCAUCAAGCAAAAAAACGAUAUUGGCGUCAGCUGUUUCGUAAUAUUUUUCCUUUCUUGCUAUCAUAUUCAAAUGCUUGAAUCCCACAUUUGAGUGCAAUAUCAUCAAAUCUGAUUUUUACGACUUUUCAAAGCUUAGUAUAUUGACGUUUUUUGACAAUUUUUUGAACGAAGGUACUUUACUUUGAAACGCUCUGCAGCUUCAACGAUAGCUUAGAUUUUUUGGCGUGAAAUGAAAAGUUGUUCGAAAAACUAUACAAAACAAAUCUCUUUCAUGGGAUAUUGUAAAAUUUGAUCAUAGUAGAUCUGACCCAAAAAAAUCAUGGAAAUCGUGAUUUUUUGUAGAAAACCUGCUUAAAAGUUUUGUUACCGCAGUUUGUCACGGUUGUGACUACCUUCAAAGUUUAGGAAAAAAUAUAAGCUUUCAAUUGAACACUGUCCGACACUGCGCUAAACUGCGCGAAUUGUCGUUUUAGUGAGAAAAGCAAUUUUUUUCACUUAAUUUUUUUUAAUAUUUAAAUUUUCUCUAGGGUCCAAUUAAAUCAAAAUCAUAAUAGUCCAUUGAUGAAAACUUUCGUAUCUAAGUAAUCUGUAGAGGAUGAAAUAUAAAUUUGGGCUAAACAUCACAAAAUUCAUCAUUGAAAAGCUAUUAAAAAGUGUGUGAUGAAAAACGAAUAAAAGUAAGGUAGUGUGAAUAAAUAUUUAUGAAAUCGAAAUCAUAUCAGACCAAUAUAUUAUUCAGAGCAUAUUCAAACGAUAUCUAUUGAAAUCAUUCGGUCCUUUUCAAUUGUUGAACAAGAUAUAGGGUAACACGGGGUGAUUUGGUCAUAUGGGGUGAUUAGGACCACCCCUUUAUCGCAAAAAUUACGGCUCAACUUGAAUUUUUUAUAAUGUCAUUUCCUUUUAUUGUUGAACCGUAUGUAUCUAAAGUAAAAAAAAACUUUGGUAAAACUUCACAAGUAGAGGGAAACGGUAGCAUAAACACAGCAAGCACUUUGAUCGUCAAAAAAUGUAAGUUUUCCGAUAGUGGUUUUAAGGUUUUUCCCGCUAAUUAAACAAACUUUUCGUGUAUUGUGCAGUAAAGUUCUGUUCGCCUACAGAAGAGGAACAAUUUGAUGUAGCGAAGCUGUAAGUUUGAUAACAAUAAAUGAAAUUAGUUGCAUUUUAAUUUUUGCGUGUUGUGUGGGGUGACAUGGACACGUUUCUGUGGGGUGAAUUGGUCCUACAGGUUUGAGACUUAUCUUUGGUCUAAUUGAUUCCAGAUGCCGCUGAGUUACAAAAAGAGGAUGGACACACAACGUUGGAAGAAGGAGGAGCUUGAAAGAGCAACACAGGCCAUCGAGAACGGAUUUUCUUUGACCAAGCAUCAGAAGUUCUCGACCAACAGUGAAAAGAUUCAUGCAGAAUUCGAAAUGGUGUCAAUCCAACUUUUCUGUUCUGGAAUCUGGCCAAGACACCUGGUAUCGAUCCCAAAACAUUGUUACUGAUUGUAACAUUAUCCCAAAAUACUUUACAUAAACAUAAGUAUGUUUUUUUCGAUGAAACACACACUGCACCAAAUCACCCCACAGACGGUCCAAAUCACCCCGCAUCAAAUUUUAAUGUUCAAAAUCAUCUCUUUUAUUUUAUGAUAUAUUUGGUAAAUUGAAGCUUUAUAUAAUGAUUAAAUAUUAUUUAUUGAGAGAAAACAAGUGUAGCUCAGUAUACAAUGUGACAUUUUUUUGUGAAAAUUUAAACAAUUUCCUACAUUUUAUCCAUUGACAUGAAUUUUGUAGGUCUCAUAGUUUUUAUGUUACAAAUUUUUGUCAAAAAUUAAGUAAACAAAAAAAGGCUUUUUCCAAAAAAGUUUAUGGGUUUGAGCCUAGGGGCACUGACCGGAUCUUGACAUAGGACUGUGAUUGUGUGUAGUAAUUGCAUUUAAAUUGAGUUGGAUGCCCUGGAAAAGCCGUUUCCUGUAUGUACUUGUAUUCUUUAAACGGGUUAGAUGACAAAACGUGGUAGAAUUCGGUACCGCAUUCUGUUCAAAAAUGUACACAAAAAUACUUUUCUUCUGUAAUAUGCGUUUGAAAACUCUUAAUAAAUCGUUACAUUUUUCGUAUAGUGACUCCCGUAUAUAGAAAUCAAAUAAAUCAAAGUCCUAUGUCAAAAGAAGUCUAAUUAUUUUUCGAAUAUUUCAAGUAUGUAAAGUUGCCUGAAUGACCCAUGUCUUUACACCCAAAACGUUUCACUGCUAUCUGAAAUGGUGCUGCCAACGGUCAGUCGAGUUGGCAUAAAAUUCGUCAUUAUGAAGCCUUCAACUUCAGCGGUGCCACAAAAUUCAAUGUCGAAUAAGUUAGUUGUUUAUUCAUAGUUUGAUGGUUUGAUACAUGUAUUUUAAUGGUUUCAUGGUUUGAUACAUGUAUAUUAAUAUACAUGUAAAAAGGAUCAGAAAUAGGAUCAGAAAGACAUAAAUCUAUGAAACUAUAAAGUAUUGAAAAUCACAAGACGAAAUGAAAAUAGCAGCGAAAGGGACUUUUCCUGCUGAUAAGAAUAAUGAAUUCUAAAUUUCACUCAUAAAAAUAGUCGACAAAAUACUAAUCAUGGUAUAGUCAAUCAUCUUCUCACCUCCCCAGAUUCAAUAGUAAACAUAUAUUUUGAAAAGCAGAAAAAUAAUUGAAAAAAACUUCUAGAUGCAAUAAUAUUCCUAUUGAAGGACACCAUUGUUGAAUCAGGAAGAGAUGAUUAUGAAUUUGAUGGCAGUUAUGAAGAAGAAGAAGACGAAGAUUAUUGUUUUCAUUUGUUUUUUUUUUCAUCAAAUGUAUUGUAUUAUUUUGUAAUCUAGAAAAAUCUUUUAUGUUUAUAGCAGAAUUUGUUUGAUUUGUAACCGUUGGUUCCAGGCGCAGUUUGGGCUCCACCCAAACCCAAUUCCAAAUAUAUAUAUAUAAAAAUAAAUGCAUUCCUAGCCGCCGGUUGCUGGAUGAUAUUAGGCCAUAUGAAUAAAAACAAAAUUCAGCUUUACUUUACUUGAAUCGAGCAGUGGAGCAGGGAGAUUGAGUUUUUACUACGUUUGGUAUGAAUAAAAGUGACAACGAAGUAUUUACUUUUCGAAAAUGGAAGUUUACUUGAUUUCGUAUGAAUAAAACAACAUUUAUCAAGUAUUUACUUCGUAAUUAUCAAGAGUGCUCAUAAGCAUACUUUGUGUCUGAAACACUUUUAUUCGUUCUGAUAUCAUAUCCGGUUUAUGUUUAAUGCUGCCAUCUUGCACUCAUAGUUAAACAAAUUAACAUGUAGUAUGACGCGUCAAACAUUCCGUUUCCACUUGUUUGUCAAAUAACUUACAAACUGCGCAGAGAGUGAGAUGACGACAAUUUAAAGUAGUUGUAUAGGUUUAGUCACGAAAACGUAAUUUUUCAACAAGAACCUUUCUAUCCAACUAUGGGAAAACCAGAGGUGGAGCGUUGUAAAACUAGUUUUUAUGUUUCUUUAAUAUUAUUGUGAUCCAUUUCAAUUUACUUCAGCGAAAUAUCGAAGUUCAACGUCCCGCGAAGCCGGAACAUUAACAGAACUGAAGGUGUCGGAGGAAGCAGAAUAUAUUUUUAUCGUUUUAUAAUAAAUAAGUCUUUGAGAUACAUUCAAUCGUUGGUCUUAAAACUGCUUUUUACUAUUUUGGCCUACCACUGCAUAGACAAAUCGGGGAGUAAUAUACCUGAUAAUAUACUUGCUUUGCGGAUCACAAGCCAUAACAAUCUGCUGACAGAUGUUUGACAAACUAAAAGCUAUGUUCGAAUUCCGAAAACGAAAUCAGUAAAGUAAACUGUUAUUCACACGAAUUCAAGUAAAUACUAGCAAAGUUUACUUUACUUCAAAACGAGCAGAAUAAGUAAAUUUUUUUUUUAUUCAUAUGGCCUAUUGUCCCACUUACAAACGGUUUGAGUCCUGGGUAAAAAACGCCCACCGCGAUCCACUGUCCAGUUGACCUAUCGUCAAUGAACGGGGUUGCCAACUAGGAAGAGAAAAAACAUUGUUCCCCUCCACACAUACAAAAAAAAAUAGAAAGCUCGGUAAGAAAAAGCAGUGCCGGCAAACGACUUCAACCAAUCAAGGAAGUAAGAAGUGCGCGCCGGAACUAAUUAAAUUGGAAAUUAAAAAAAAAAGUGUGGAGAGAGGUGAAAGAAGAAUACAUAGAGAAAGUUUAAAGGUUAGUCGAAAUCAUGAAUUGGAAAAUGGAAAGGUUAUAGGUAGUUAUGUUUUACAGAAAUUUGGAAUAAAGAAAAGGUUUUUGAAUGAAAAGGAAGGUCAGACAAAAGGAAAGAGGAGAGAAGAAGUAGAAACUGAAAAAGGUAACGUGUGGUCUUGAGUAAUAAGUAACGUGAACUCGAUUCAUAAAUUAAUACGCUGGACAGUUUAGCUGCGUCCGGAAUCUGGGAGAAGAGGCACGCGCAAAAUCCGCUAUCUUCUUGGCUCUGUUCGCCUACAAUAUCCGUCAUUGCAAGCAGGCGUGAAUAAAGGCCUGCAACUGGUGGAAUUCAGUAAACCCGCCCACGAGACAGCCGCACCAUCCAGCUGGAUAGAAAUAAACCCAGAGACCCAGAGAGAGAAAAGUCCACACCAUCGUUACCGCAAGUAUAACGCAUGAAAAAUUGUGACGUCACAAAUAGGGUAAAUGAGGAAACGAUAGGAAACAGGAAAUAGUUGAAAUAGGGAUAUAUGAAAAAGGAAAGUGAAGGAAGAAAGAAUAAAGUGAGAAGGAAAAUUGAAUUAUCUAAAAUAUAAUUGUAAUCCUUGUCCCUGGUUUGUAUUCGUUCUCCGGACUCGAAAGGAGUCGUCAGCCCUCGUCCUCAAUCGGUCGGAAGUGUGUGUUAGCACUGCACGACCUUUGAGCGGUGUAAACGUGUGGCCUUAGAAGGUAGCCCUACAGAUUCAUAAGGUCCUCUGGGAGUGUAAAAUACACGAAAGUGCUCCUGUUUGCUAGAAGAGGAAGUUUGAAGGUAGCCGACUUAGGAAUAAGCGACCCUGAGAGCCCUAUUCUUAUUCUGAGAGUUACAGAUUUGAGGGGUCUUCCAUAAAUUACUCGAUCUUUAAAAAAAUGAUAUAGAAAAGUGUGUAAAAAAUACUGCUUACAAGAGGGAUGGUGCCAUAAAAUCCUAAAAAAAAUGGAUAACGUGUUAUAUGGCCGGCUCCAAAUUUAAAAAAAUGGAUGUAAGAUUCGUUCGUGUUCAGCAUCUCGAAAUUAUGUGAAUACCAUGUUUUUCGCAUUUAACAACACUUUUUUGCAUGGCCCGCCUUCGUAUGGAGUCACCCCACUGUGCACUAGUUUCAGCGAGGCAACCAAUGUAAUCCGUUUCUGCCCCGUCGAUCGUGUUUGGCUGUACUACCAAAAUAUCCGAGGUGGCGAGGACUAAAAUCGACGACCAGCUUUCGGUGAUUACGGACUGUAACUACGACGUCAUCAUACUGACAGAGACUGGAUUAAACGAUUGUAUCGAUUCCCUGCCCCAUUCACCGUAUACUCCAGAUAUGGCCCCGUGCGACUUUUUUUUUUUUUGUUUCCAAACUUGAAAAAGUCACUCGCCGGGCAGAAAUUUGAGUCGAAUGAGGAGGUCCUCGCCGCCACGGAGGCCUACUUUGCAGACCUCGAGAAAAUGUUUUUUCAGAUGGAUUAGAACAGUUGGAGCAUCGCUGGGUCAAGUGUAUCGAGCUAAAAGGAAACUAUGUUGAAAAAUAAAUCGCCACUCUUACAAAAUUUUUGUUUUUUUUUGUAGGUUAAGUUCUUUUGUAGGCUAAGUACUUAUUAUCAAGUCAAUUUGCACUGUUGGCAUCUACCGUUGGAAAUAUCUCUUCCAGUACCUCGUACGUGCCAAUUCAACGACAUCGCUGUUGUCGUUGAACACACCCGUGAUUUUGGGAAAAUGGACUACGAUGCACUUAUUACCUCCCCGCACUUGACUGGACAUACAUGAAUGUCUGUCAAAACGUUAAUGGAAUGGCCUCCGAAUUCUGUUUCAACAUUCAAUGUUGGUUGCGGGAGUAUGUAUCCCCCCCAGAAGACGUCCAGUUUCGCCUUCUUGGAGUACAGUAUUACUCCGACAACUGAAGCGCCGAAACAUCGCCUAUGAACGGAAACAUCGUGUUCUACAGUCGUCUGACAGCAAACUCAGAUUUCAACAUGCUAGUAAUGCGUACCGUAAGCUCCCGUGGCCGAGUGGUUAGCGUCAUAACUAACAUGUCGGGUGUUCGGGUUCGAUUCCCGUUCUGGUCGGGGGAAUUUUUCGUCAAAGAAAUUUCCUCCGACUUGCACUGUGAUCACGCGUAUUCUAGAGCUUGCCACUCAGAAUGCAUUCAAGGCGUGUUAUUUGGCAUAGAAAUCUCAACUAAGUACUAAUAAAAAUGACGCAAGUAAUACUACGUUGAGACGGCGAAGUUCCUCUAGGAACGUUAGUGCCAUUGAAGAAGAAGAAGAAGCUGAAUUCAGAUCUCAGCUAAGUAACUCUUAUCCAAUCCAGAAGCUACAUCUCAACUGACUAGCGCGGUUUCAUGCAUGGCAGGUCGGUCACCACGAAUCUGUUGAAAACCUUCAUUUCUGCCAUGGAGGGAAGGCUCAAGUCGAUGUCAUCUAUACUGAUCUGAAUCAUCAACCACAACAUACUUUUGCUAAACAGUCACGUCUCGGAUCAUCUACAAAGCACGUGUCAUGGAUGAGAUCCUACGUGACGGGAAGAUAACAGCGCGUUAAAAUUUUCGGCUGCGUUUCCUCGUGCUUCUACAAUUCGUCUGGAGUGAAGGAAGCAACUUAGGCCCUUUGUUGUUUACAUUAUUUUUUAAAGACAUUACUGCGAAACUAGGGUUAAACUGCAAAUUUAUUUAUGCUGAUGAUUUGAAAAUAUUCAGCUGAAGACUGCCAACGUUUGCAACAUCUGCUGAAUGUAUUUGUAGUCUGGUGCCAUCUAAACAAACUGAUUAUCAGCGUAUCGAAGUGCUCCUUCAUGACGUUCCAUCGUUCCAAAAGUCCGUUACAGCUUGAUUGCUGCAUCGACAGUGCUUUGCUUGAAAGGGUUGGAGAAGCUACUGACCUUGGAGUAGUGCUGGAUUCAAAAUUGAUGUUCAACGCUCAUUACACCUCAAUCAUUGCUAAGGUAAACCGACAGUUCGGAUUUAUUUCGAAAAUUGCAAAGGAUUUUACUGACCCAUACUGCUUGAAGCCCGUAUAUUGUGCACUAGUACGACUAAUUCUCGACACUGCCUCCGUUGUUUGGACUCCAAAUGUGGUUUCGUGGUCGAUUCUAAAUCAGUUAUCUGUCAAACUUGGACCAUCGGACCGGACUGCUGAUCGGCUGCUUUGUGUACACAUACUAUGAUAGUCGAUGUCGAUUAUAAGAAGAUCGUUCUUGGCGAAUCAAUUUCCGAAACGGCAUAGGAAUCAAUCCUAUAAUUGAUACCAGUGAAUCGAUCUUUGCCGAAUCGAUCUUUGAACAAUCAAAAGCCUAUUUUCCCAAUUUAUCUACUAAUUAUAUAUGACUGUUUUCUUUUUUUGAAUAGGGAAUACAAAUGUCAUAUUUCUAUUCAAGUGUCAAAAGCAUUCUUCAACAUGAAGGACACCAAAAACCUUAAAGCAUUAAAAUCAUAUUCCAAGACAUUCAACUUGUACCGGAAUCAUUUAAAUAAAUAAAUUAUUUGAAAAGGCAUUAUUAGAAACUGGUAUCUUCUGAAACUUGAACCGAUUAAAUCAAUUUUAAGUCCAAUCGCACCUUUCAAUGUUAAAAUAAAUAUCGUUUUGUAGUGUGGCACAAAUUCUAUCGAAAUAAUACUCAGAGGUCAUGUCAAAUUAAAUUACUCUGAAUGUCUAUCUCAUCCUCCUCACAUUGAAUACUCCAAAACUGAACAAAUGAGGAUUUUUAAAUUAAAAUUUUGACUCAUUUAUUUCGGAUCAUGUAAAACGAGUGUUUUGAAGCCGUUCAAGCAAAGACCCGCCUUGCAUCAAACUUUCGAAUGUCCUAUGUCAAAUUCCUCCCUGUUGUUUUCUUAAAUCGACCAAACGUUAAACUAGAUUUUUCUACCGCUGAAACUUCUGCCUCGAAUAUUUUUUAAAACUAUCAGUCGCGCACUCUAACGAAACAUGAAAUUUUGCAUGUCUUUCUCCAUGGAAUCGAAAAUGGGGUGUUAGUUACACAAGACAAGUAAAAAUUAAUUCCCAAUCUGUGACGAUUAUCCCAAAAUCUAAGAAAAAACCACAUAUAAGUAACUGAAAUCCGUAGGUCCAACUAGUGACAUUAAUUUUUGGGUGAAGGCAAGCGAUCACGAAAUAUAGCUCUCUUGAUAACUAUCGGAAAAUUUCAUGAGUACAAUACAAGCAUUAGAUAUUUUUCAAACAAUCUCCGCUUCAAGAAUACAUCAAUUGACGCCAAAUUGAAAUUGAGCAAGAAAAAAAAUAUAUAACUGACAUCUAUUUCGGCGCGUGAUAAAACAACAACAAAAUAAACCAAAAGUGGAAUAAGCUUUACACCAACAUAGGAUAGAACAGCAAUCAAUUCGAUAUUAAUGAGAUGUAGUAACAAAUUACGAACAAUUGGUAAACGCAUAUGUCUUUUGUGAUUUCCUCAGAGAUUUUUAUAUAGAAAUACGCGGAUAAUCGAAUUAAACGAGUGGAAGAAAAAAAACAUUUCAGUGAAAUACGUUUUCGAACUACGCUUAAUGCAUGCCAAAAAUAUAAAGCAUAGUGGCUUAUGUGUUGCAAUUUAACUGUUUAUUGGCCGAAUUUACAUGGCACAUCUCACACUUUCAACAACAACAAGAAAACGGAAACUAGAGAUAGUUACGGUUCUUUUUUAACGGACGAAUGCUUUCGGUUGACGGAAGAAAGCAUUAGCAUCUCAGCGCCAAGUGCACCAAGCAAUACAGAGAGAAUAAUAAUUAUUAAAUAAUUAUGCUGUGAUAUGUGCUGUCCACACGAGGAACACUACACCGAUAGCUCCGAAGGCUACAGCCACGCAAUGGGAUUUUAAAAAUCCCACCAAUUUUAAUAUACCUUAGUUCAGAACUACAGAAGCUCACUACAAAGCGAACAAACUUUAAACAAGAAUACAAAAACAAGAUCAAACUAAUCAAAUUUCAAUGAAAAAGAAUGAAAGUAAACGCUAACUGUAAAUAUGUCAAAUACUAUAAAAAAAAACAAAAAAAAACUUAGUCUAAGCACCUAUAGUGGUCAUUUUUCGAUUCUUACCAAGCAGCAUACAGACCGUUAGAUACCUUUCAAAAAAAAAAACAAAAGAAUGCGAAUUAGAAUCUAGCUAACAUAAAUUUAAAAUCAUCUAGAAUGUGGAUUCGGAAGCGUUGGAGCGCAGGUAGAAUACCAUUUCGCGAACAGUCGCCGUUUCUUCGUGGCGCGAACUUACUUAAUUUUAAUCCGCAGCAAAUUGAACGAUAAUGUAAGAAUAUUUAAUGAAAAAAGAGAACAAAAUUGCUGUCGCUCCUGAAAAAAAAUGUAUUUAGCUAAAUUCGAGACAAGGGGGAUAUUUUAAAUAAAAAGUGCGAAAAUUGA